AUGUCGAAAUCACCCAACAAAUCCGAUCCUGAUACAUUUGAUGUACCACCACCGCCAUACACACCACAAGAUCCAUUGCCAUCGGCACCAUCAUCCGCUGAUAUCAGUAAAUCAUCACCACCUCAAACGGCACCAAACAACUAUCUUAAUACAUCCGAUGCAUCAGUAGCAGGGUCGAGUCGACAACAGCAACAACAGCAACAAUACAUUCCAGUACCCCAAUCUCCACAACAACAAUAUGCCACCUUUCCAAGGAGACCACAACAACAAGAAUCAAGUGUAUCACGCUUAUUCUCACAACUCUUUUUGGGAUGCGACAACAAUGGAUGCAGCAAUUUGCCAUCAACGUGUAACGGUGGUGGUGGUGGUACACGUUGGGCAGAUUUCCCAAGGCACAUUCCAAUUUCACAAGAUGUGCAUGUCAGUAUUCAGGGCCACAUAUCCACCGGAUACGUUGAGAUUGUACCAGUAGAGAAAGGAGGUGCUAUCGACACCGACAUAGAAAUUACACCCUUUAAGGAUUUGAAAGAUUUUCGAUACUCGGUGGAUGAUCGAACAGGAGCGCUCAAUAUCAACUUUCCCUCGUUGUCAUGGCGUUGUAUUGAUGUCAAGAUGAGAAUUUAUGUACCAUCGGAUGCUCGUUCAGUAUGGGUUUCUGUGAGCAAUAUCCCUAUUCGUGUGGAUCGCUCGUUGAAUGUGGAUCGUUUGGAGCUCAAGACGACCAAUGCCAAGAUUCAUUUAAAGCAAGGAUGGAUCGGCAACGAAAUGAUCCUGAGAACAAAAAACGCGGCUAUCAAGGUAGAUGGUGGUUUGCAAGCCAAGGAUUUAAUCAGCGUCCGUACGACCAAUGGUUCCAUCGAUAUCGAUGGCGACAUGCAAAGUGGAUCUACCGUGGAUAUUGAAACAAGCAAUGGAAGCAUCUCUGCUGGCAAUGUACGCGCCACCCACGUUACAGCCGACACCAGCAACAGCAGCAUUAAAAUGAAUAGCGUGCAUGCUCACAACAUUACCGCCAAAACAUCCAAUGGAAGCAUCAAUCUAGAUCAUGUGUAUUCCGACGGCUUGGUGGUUGCAUAUACAAGCAAUUCUCGUAUCAAUAUGGACGUUGCAGGUGAUGCCUCUCGUCUUCAAGUACGCUGUGUCACAUCCAAUUCCAAGAUUAAUCUCAACAUGAGCAAAGAUUUCGUUGGUGUAUUUGAUGUCAAGACCUCAUCGAGUAAGGCCAUUGUAGAAGACAACAUGUACCCUUCUAGUCUACACUUUGAAAUCGACAAGGAGAAUCAUAAGAUGGGAUACCGACACAAGAAGGAGGCCGCUGGAUCCAUAUCAGCCAAGACAAGUAAUUCCAAAGUCGAGCUUAGCUUCAACCUCCCUAGUAUGAUGAUGCAUCCCGGAGACAAAAAGUGGUGA